AUGUCUCACGUUUCCCCAUCACCCAGCGAAUACAAUUCAAGUUUGGUCGGGAAUGCCUCAACCAAUGGAACUGAACCUGAAAAUGAAUCCAAACUUCUGACUUCACCACUGAUUAUUUUGAUGUCCUUCAUGUGCCUGUUGAUUGUUUCCGAAAAUGGUCUCAUAAUCUUUUUAAUGUACAGAAAGAAGAUAUUGAGAACACUUACCAACAUGUUUCUUACUUCGCUGGCGCUUUCAGAUCUUACAUCAGGUCUAGCGAGAAUGCCUCUGCUCUUCAUUUGCAUGGAGAUGGACGUCAGUAUCAUUGUCUGCGUGGCCUCUACUGUGUUUAAUCGAUUCACAGCCAUCUCCUCAGUUUGCCAUGUCUUGCUCAUCGCUGCAGAUCGCUAUAUCUUUAUUGUUCAUGACAUGAAGUACCGUGCUUUUGUAACAAAGAGACGAGCAGUGGUUGCCACUAUUGCUGUGUGGCUGAUUUCAAUUCUAGCCUCUGUCGUUCAGUUGUCUUGGUAUAUUUUUCAUGGAUUAGAGAUCGGUGAUCGAAAUGCCCUUAUGGAUGAUCUAAACAAGCAGUACGGCUUUGCUUGCAUCGUCCUGUUCUUUGCCGGUCCUUUUUUGUUGAUAUUUUAUAUCUAUGGUCGUAUUUUUUACAUUUCCUAUAAACUCAACCAAAAUGACCGUAAGAGGAUCAGAACUUAUAAUUAUAAGCAGCCCAGUGGAUCUCUGCGUCAUGAGUGGAGGGGUCGUAGUGUGUUGUUGAUCACGUUGAUAAUUUUUGGUGGCUGUUGGCUGCCUUACUUCUUCACCGUAUUACACGAUCACAUGAGUUCCUCAGAAGAUUCUACCAUACCAAUAUGGUCUCAGCGUCUGCAAAUUUGCCUUGGUUUUAUUCCAAUGAUGUUAAACCCGAUUUUGUGCACUUUGGCGAAAAAGGAUUUUCGUCAUGCACUCAAGGAGAUUGUAAUAGGUCGUAAUUCUUUGCGUCAUUUUAAUCAAGAUAUUUCUCUACAGACAACCCGCGAGAGAUUCAGAACUAUAGAUAGCGAAUCUGAACGAAACUGA